AGGACGAAGGCGCGUGUGGCCUGAUUGCUGCGCUGCCACCGCAGGGAGGGGAGGGGGGCCCGGCACGGGAUUAGGGGUCAGGAUGAGGGGAGUGAGGUGCUCACGUCCAGAGCCCAGAUCUCCGUCCCAAGACGAGUACUGUGUUAACGCAAUAUUUUAGAAAGUCAAAAUGGGCACCAAAAUCUUCAUGGUGCACAAAAUAUCCAAACAAGGAAAGACAGGAUCUGAGCCAGGACGUCCCACCUCAUUUCUCACCUUAAACCCGGCCUCCCUGUGCCUGGGCGAAUCCCCCGAAAUCCCCUGGGGGUUCUUGGCUCUUUCCAGCUGAGGGGGGAGGGGAGCGCGGCGUGAUCCCCCCGCCCGGCCAGCCUGUCCCUGGGGGAUUCCUCGAGUGUCCAGGGCUGGCACCCGGCCCAUAGGGGCUCGGCCUCCCCGGGGCCUGUGUUUCUGUAUCUCUGGCCUGGAGUGUGGAGGGCGGCUGGCCGGGGGGUCCCCAUCGCUGUGGCCAGUGAGUGAACGGGCGUCUUCUGUGGCGGUGCCUGCGUCUCUCUGGUCCCCGUCUGUCUUUAUCUCCGGGUCUGGGUCCCCGUCCCUCUCUCUUUCUCCGUCUGUCUCUCAGUCUCCCAUCUCUGUCUCUCUCUAUCUCUCUCUGUCUCUCUCCCCUCUUGUCUCUGUCUCUCCCUCUGGGUCGCCCUCUCCCUCUCUGUCUCUCUGGGUCCCUCCUCUCGCUGUCCCCUUCUCCGUGUUUCUCUAUGUCAUCAUCCCCCUCCCCGGGGUUUCCCCUCCUCGCGGCAGCCGGAAGGAAGGACUGACGGACAGGCUGUUCUGGGAAAGGCCACGGGGUCCCCACUUCUCUCUUUCGUGGCCUCCUCUCCCCGCCCCCACCCUCGGGGCCUUCCACACCCGUGCCCGGGGGUGGCCAGUGAAGGGACCGGGGGGCUCCUCCACUACCCUUGCUCGACUCUCGGUGGCCCCACAGAGCCGGCCCGUGAGUCAGACCCGGGGAAGGGGAAGUGGGGGGUCUUGACUGGGGGUUGGGCUUCCCCUGAGGCAGAUCCGGAGUCCCCUGCCUCCCCUCGAGAGUCUCCAAGGGCAGAGUCCGCCAGAGCCAUGGUCCCAAGACUUCUCCUGGCCCUCGCCCUCUGGGCCGGCUGCCUGCCCGGCAAUGGGACAGAAGGGCCCCCACUGGCAGCUCCCACCCAGCCCAGGGUGCAUUGCCGGGCCUCCAGGUACCCCAUCGCCGUGGAUUGCUUCUGGACCGUGCCGCCUGCUCCAAACUCCACCGGGCCCACGUCGUUCAUUGCCACGUACAGGCUCGGCGUCGCCGCCCACGGGGAGAGCCGGCCCUGCCUCCAGCCGACACCGGGGGCCACCAGCUGCACCAUCCCAGACAUCCAGAUGUUCUCCAUGGUGCCCUACGUGCUCAACGUCACGGCCGUCCACCCCCAGGGCAUCAGCAGCACCUUUGUCGUGCCCUUUGUCCCGGAGCACAUCAUCAAACCAGACCCCCCAAAGGGCGUGCACCUGAGCCCCCUCCCUGGGCAGCGGCUGUGGGUGCAGUGGGAGCCUCCUCAGUCCUGGCCCUUCCCGGAGAUCUUCUCACUCAAAUACCGGAUCCGCUAUAAGCGUCACGGAUCCGCCCGCUUCCGCCAGGUGGGGCCCAUUGAAGCCACAUCCUUCACCCUCAGGGCUGUGAGGCCCCAAGCCAGGUACUGCAUCCAGGUAGCUGCUCAGGAGCUCACCGACUACGGGGAACUGAGUGACUGGAGUGUCCCUGCCACCACUGCUGUGACCCCGGGCAAGUAGCAGGGGGGUCCCGGCACCCCCAAAGAAGGGCCUGGGUCCUUGACAUCCACCCCCCACUGCUGCCACUCACCCUAGGGUGGAUGGGACCCGACCGGCCUGGGUUCACUGCUGCCGAGUCGCUGGGCAGCCUUGGACAAGUGACUUUGCCUCUCUGAGCCUCAGUUUCUUAAUCUGUGAAAUGGGGAUGUUUUCCCUCCUUGGACAACAGUGCAAGCCUUGUGAACUGUGAAUGUGAGAUAUUUUUUAUUGUUUAAUUAGAAAGGGAUCAUUGUCAUUGGAAUUAGGACUCUUCCUCCCUUCCUUCAACCGACCCAGAUGAGACCCAGAGAGGAGUCUGAGAGGAGAGCACAGAGCAGGACAAACAUACAGUGGAUCCCCACUCCCAUGACUGGGGUCAGGGCUGGAG